AUGAAAAGCCCAUCAGAAACCUCUCAUCGCCCCCACCUAGGGUUGCUGCCUUUUAACCUCGCGCCGCCACCCUCCUCACUCCGUCUCUCGACGCCAUCACCUCGACCCUCCGCCGCCGCCGAAGAAGAAGGAGAUCCGGCCGUCUCCUGCCAUGGCGUCGGAGAAGAAGCAGUCGAACCCGAUGCGGGAGAUGAAGGUGCAGAAGCUCGUCCUCAACAUCUCCGUCGGGGAGAGCGGCGACCGCCUCACCCGCGCCGCCAAGGUGCUGGAGCAGCUCAGCGGGCAGACCCCGGUGUUCUCCAAGGCGAGGUACACGGUGCGGUCGUUUGGCAUCCGGCGCAAUGAGAAGAUCGCGUGCUACGUGACGGUGAGGGGCGAGAAGGCGAUGCAGCUGCUCGAGAGCGGCCUAAAGGUUAAGGAGUACGAGCUGCUCAGGAGGAACUUUAGCGAGACCGGCUGCUUCGGCUUCGGUAUUCAGGAGCACAUCGAUCUUGGCAUCAAGUACGAUCCAUCAACAGGCAUUUACGGGAUGGACUUCUACGUCGUUCUUGAGCGUGCUGGCUACCGUGUUGCCCGUCGCAGGAGGUGCAAGUCCCGUGUUGGGAUUCAGCACAGGGUGACCAAGGAGGACUCCAUGAAGUGGUUCCAGGUUAAGUACGAAGGAGUCAUCCUCAACAAGUCCCAGGCUAAUGCGUCAUAAAACCUCACCUGUAGGCGCAGCUGUUAGAACCUUCCAUUUGUCGCGAACACAAGUUCACCUCUGCAAGUUUUUGUUCACUUUGUACUCUAUGGCCUGAUGUUUAGCCAAAUACCUGAAAUCCAAAAGGCGUGACAUGCUCACUGCUGUUGCAUCGAAACAUGGUUAGUCUGAUUGUUUGGCGCCUCCUACGGCCUGUCUUUUUGACGAUUGGUGAUUACAAGCUUCAUCUU